AUGUCGACGACGACUACAACGCCCAAUCAAGCAGCACGCCUCAACGACGAAGGUGCUUCCUACAUUGAGCGGGGAGAUGACUCCAGUGCUUUUGCGGCUUUCAAGGAUGCCUUGGAGAGUCUGUCAAGUGACGCUGUUGCCCAAACAACUGCGUCGGUAUCUGCGAUGCUCACUCCGCCCACUGUGAACGUAGGGAACGGAAACAGCACCAGGGCGUCAACCACGCGUCCUGUUGCAAACUGCCCUCGAACUGAUGCUCCAGCUCCAGCUGACGACGAAGAAGCUUACCAAUACGAUCGCUGCUUGUCCUUUGAACAGGGUCACACCUCAGAUCCUGAUGCUCUUCCCUAUUGCAGCGCUGUGAUUAUCUUUAACAUGGCUUUGGUCUUCCAGAAACGAGGCACUGACGAGAAGACUCUAUACAAAGCUCUCUUCUUAUACAUGGUGAGCUUGCGACACAUCCAAAGCUGCACGAGCGAUAGCUUCAAGAAGACAGAUGUGGUCAUUGCAGCCCUAAAUAACCAAGCAGUGGUAUUCUACCUCCUGAAAGACUAUGCUAAGGCCCGCACAGUGCUCGGAGAGUUGUGGAAUCUGCUAAGGGAACUCCGAUGCCGUCCCCGUUCCUUUAUGAAGAGCGAUAUUGAUGGGAUUGUCCAGAACAUUUUGCUGCUCUUGCAUAGCCCUUCACUGGCAGCAGCUGCCUGA